AUGGCUCCGUCCAGUGAACAAAAUCCCUCGCUCGCAAGGAGCAGAUCACGGUAUCGUCGCAAUCGCCCGACAGAAGCGGUCCCUCCUCCCGCAAUUCCACACCAAAAGACCAGCGACAAUGUGCAGACCAGACCUACGCGGUACGCGAAACAAAAUGACGGCGAUGAAAGCGCGCGUGAAGCGCAUCGACAGAAUACAAUGGAUCAAUUGACUGGAGGAAAUAACGCGACACAACCUCGACUGAAAGAGGCGAGUCGGGCCGAACGCUCGCGCGUACGCGAAACCGCACCAGACACGCACCGCAAAUCUUUCUUCGACAGGGUCAAUCUGUCCAAGGUCAAGGCUGCUGUGACCAAAUCCGAGCCGGUUCCGAAGUACAUUGGGGGUGGGACGGGUGUGGUCCCGGGGGUUGAUGCGCCCAAGAGUGCUGUCAAUGCUGGGGAGCGUCGCGUUCUUGUGCAGUAUGGAGAUGCCUCUUCCAACCUUACUAUCAUGCCGUCGACCUCUGUUCAGGAUCUUUUAUUGGAUGCGACGAAAGGUCUGUCUAAGGAUAUCAAGCCUGACAAGUUUAUUGUUAUGGAGUCGUUCUGUCAACUGGGCUUGGAACGACCCCUUCGUCGCUUCGAGCGUAUCCGCGAUGUCAUGAACUCCUGGUCUACCGAUGCCGACAAUCGAUUUAUCAUUAUUCCUCCCUCCAGUGUCGAUACCUUGAUCCAGUUGGAAGCAGCACAUGUUCCCAGCGAGCAGCCGUCCCAGGAGACUGUCUAUCUUUACCAUUCCCAGCGUCGUCGCAGGUGGGACAAACGAUACGUGACUAUGCGUUCCGACGGACAGGUCACUAUUGCGAAAAAGGAGAAUGCGAAGGAUCACACGAAUAUCUGUCAUUUGUCCGACUUUGACAUCUAUUUCCCCAGCGCUCGAGCCCUGAGCAAAGAUAUCAAACCCCCCAAGAAAAUCUGCUUUGCCAUCAAAAGUCAACAGAAGUCUUCAAUGUUCCUCACUACAGAGAACUUUGUGCACUUCUUCUCAACAAGUGACAAGACCAUUGCAGACCAGUGGUAUCGGGCUACUCAGAAAUGGAGGAGUUGGUACUUGCUCAACAAGGUGGGAGUAGCAGAGAAAUCAGACGUCGAUACCCUCAAGCGCUCUGGGACCAAGAAGUCGGCUCGCCAGCACAAACAGGCGCCGGUCGAUGUUCCACUUGUACAACGCGAGACUAGACCUGACUCUUCGAGAGAGGGAAGCUCUGAUUACCAGAGGCCGUCAAGCUCUAAAGAAGCGUUCUCUCGGAAAAAAUCUACCCGUGGUCAUGGGCCUCCUCCAUCCUCCUACCCCCAAGACCUGCUACUCGACCAUAAGGCAGAAAACGAGCCAUUGGUGCCUGGUGUCAUGCCCGCCGAAGUGGAAGCUGCUACAUUUGCCCCAUCAGGUCUCCUAGGCCGAACAUACACCCAACGCCAGACCGCCAUGCGCGAACGCGAGGAUCGUGAAAAGCGCUCCAUGCAAGAUCCCUUCACAGGCGCCGGCUUGAUCGGCACAGGCUCAAUACAUCAUGACUCAAAUCCCAACAGCCGAACCAACACGAUGACCCGAGCCCCAGACACCACGCUCUUCAACCGAACUCAAUCCCUCAGCCAAUCCAACUCUAUUGACCAAAAGAACAAACCCCUCGUCGACCUUACCCCCGUCUUCGUCGAGCCACCCCAACACAGCAAGAAAGGCAAAGGCCACGGCGUCAAAGUCGAACCAGGGAUGCAAUUAAUCGAAGGAGCCACAGGCCCAGACCUGAGCCAAGGCUCAGUAGCCAUCCCACCAGCAACCUCCUGGCGCCGCCCACCCGCCGAAAUCCCUCCCCAACGACGAAACACAACUCGCAACGUGCGACACCCGCAAAGCCCAUACACAGGAUCCCAUUCCGCAGAUGCAAGUCCUGUCUCUACAAGCAAUCAGUUCACCCCGAAUAGUCUCCUCGCGUAUUCCUCCAGCAUGGCAACUCCGCCACAGAGAAAGGGACACGGCGUGGCCACUGGCGAUCGUAACGCUACAAAGCCGUUACUUGAUAUGUCACCUGAAAACCCAUUUGCGGAUGGAAGUCUCCUUCGACAAAUUUGA